UUUACGCCCUUUGCGUAACACGGCACCUACGAAAAAGCUGCGCUGAACGCACAUCUUCGACAACAAGCUCCAGAUGACGUGGCGAUGACGGUUGAUUGAAGUGUCACUUGCGAUACUUCGUCAACAGGUGCUGUGUCUAAUGCUCAAUGUAUCAGAUGAAAGAUCAGUUCACAAUAUAGCAACGUAAAUCUAUUAGUUAUUAUUAAAUUAAGAAGCGUGUACUAAGUUUAUACCGAUUACAAAACGGAUUAACAUUGUCGGUGCAUACCGCAGUGGUAUGUAUCAGUAAUUUUGCUUUGAAGUAUACAUGAACUAGAUCUCAAUGAAUUACAGGUUAGCCUGUGUGCAGAAGUCGAACGCUAAUAACAAUAACUCAUAUCGAAUUGUACCAGUCAAGACAUCAGUUAUUAGAAAUAUAUCCCAUUAUAUUACGGAUGAUCAGAUUAGCCAACACGAAAAAGUAGGAAGCUUACAAACGUAAGUACACACAGUCAAACUGUAUAUUAGAAAUAAUAAUCGAUCAUGUUCUACAGGAAAUUUUUAAUCGAUCCGUCAAAUAAAUUGAUUAAAACUACGGAAAAACGCUUUCUUAGUUGCAUUCGCAACAGUUUAAAAAUUUCGUUUUGGAUUUGUCGACAAUGCCCAGGCAAAAUCAGGUGCCAAGAGAGAGUAUGCUGCAGACUUGCUUGCUCUGCGAUCAGCCGGAUGACAACGAAAUGGUUUGCUGUGACCGGUGCGACGAGUGGUUCCACUUCAACUGCGUUGGAGUCAACGAGGACGUGGCUAACCGUUCAUGGUUGUGCCCGGAUUGCUUAGCAUCUACGAAUGCGGCUCCACAGCUGCCACCAUCAUCGACUCCGUCAGCAGCGCCCACACGUGAGCCACCUAUACGUCCACCCAUGCCGUCACCACGAAUGCCUAAUUUGUCUUCGCAAACAAUCCCUCCGGUACCGUCUUCUCGUACACCAGCCCCAGGUCUUCGAAAUUCUGAAGCACAACCUUCGCCAUCACCGCAACUGCCCGUCAACCAGCAAAGUAAUCCGCCAGUGCCUUUUCCCCGUACUCCAACUCCUCGUCCACGAGCUUAUGGUGCGUCAUCGUUUGCCCAGCAUUCGCAUGUAUUGCUUUCUCCUGUCGCUGAGGUUUCGGAGGAUGUGAACGUCAAUCGAAAUGUAGUGUCAGGAGACGAUCUCAUGAGUAGGCUGCCUUCCGAUCUCCGAAUUCAGUUUUUGGAACAGCAGGAAGCCAUCGAACUGCGGUAUUUGAGACGUAGGUUUCAGAUGUUGCUGGAGACACCGACAAACAUGAAUCACGGACAUCCCAGGGUGAAUAUUUCGGCUCCCGAAUACCAUUCCUCGCCAGUGUGUGCCAAUCGGGUUCCCCCACCACCCACUCCAAUCGUAAAUCCAGAACAUUCGUCUAUUCCUGCGAAUCUUCCUGCGGUCCGAAGCCAACCACCGGAUGUUUUUAUGAUUCAGCCGACGUCAUCCUACCAACAGCCGCAUACUGGAACGUUUCAUCAGCCUGACACCAUCCAUCGCCCUAUCGCUUCAACCGUUCAACCUCAAUCCAGUUAUCGCCCUUAUGUCCCUACUACGUCCCAACCUUACGCCAACCAAAGAACGCAAGCUUCUGCCUUUGCACCACUAGUUGGUAACCUACACCCAACAGGUCCAGAAUACUAUCCGUCGGCCUUCCAUGAAGAUCACAUGUUAGGGACGACGCUGCUAAAUAGAAGCCAAAUGGCCGCACGCCACGCUGUACCAAAGGAACUACCAUUUUUCAGCGGUGAACCAGAGGACUGGCCCUUAUUUUUCGCCUCAUUUGAGAACACUACACACCUUUGUGGGUUCACAGCGGAAGAGAACAUGGUCCGACUUCAAAAGUGUUUACGAGGAAAGGCAUUAGAAGCGGUAAAGUGUCAAUUAUUGCACCCUAGCAACCUGAAUCAAGUCAUCGAUACCCUGAAGAUGCUUUUCGGUCGCCCGGAAAUUAUUGUACAUUCUCUACUACAAAAGAUUAACAGUCUUCCGGCCCCUAGAGCGGAUCGUCUUACAACGCUAGUUGACUUCGCUUUGGCGGUACGUAAUAUGGUGGCCACAGUCAAGGCUUGUAAUCUAGAAGAGCAGCUAUGUAACCUAACCCUUUUGCACAGUUUAACUGAACGUCUUCCACCAAUGAUUCGCUUGAACUGGGCAACUCACCGACAGUCUCUUCAACUCGUAACAUUGUCUGAGUUCAGUGAAUGGUUAUACAAAUUAGCAGAAGCAGCAAGCACAGUGACGAUGCCGCAGCUCUCCGGGGUUGUCGAUAAUAAAAAUCGACGUUGUAGGAAAGAAGACGGUUUUUUAAACGCCCACUCCGAAACCGAUCUGCAACUGCAACGAGCUGAGGUGAACACCGGGUGCGUCAUCUGCCAGGGAAGUUGUGCUACUGUGGAUAAAUGCAAGCGGUUUAUUUCAUUCAACCUUUCUGCUCGUUGGGAUACACUUCGGGAGUUAAAACUUUGUCGAAGCUGCCUAGGAAACCACCGAGGUCCAUGCAAAGCAGCCAAAUCGUGUGGAAAAAACGGGUGUCAAUACAAGCACCAUCGCCUGUUACAUAACGACGCGAGGGACUCGCUAGAAGCCCCUCUGCCAGGUUCAAGCCAUCAAACCAGAUUUCCAAGGCAAGUUGAUGCAGAAGAGAUACCUGAUGCCGAGCCAUGCAAUACGCAUCGUGGAGGAAACAAGGCAGUACUGUUCCAGUAUAUCCCUAUCAUCCUUUACAAUAACGGAAUCGAGCUGCGAACACAUGCCUUCCUUGAUAGUGGAUCAUCUUUGACGCUGAUGGAAGAGGAUCUGGCAAAUCAAUUGAAGCUGGAUGGAGAGAAAUAUCCGCUGUGUUUACGGUGGACAGCGGAUACUUGCCGGUAUGAGAAGGAUGCCAGGAUAGUUACGUUAAACAUUUCGGGCGUGCUCUCUGGGAGUAGUCAACACAAGUUAACAGAGGUUUACACGGUGAAGAAAUUGAUGCUUCCCUCCCAGUCACUACCAGUAAGUGAACUCUCUGACAGGUAUAUGCAUCUAAAAGGACUACCAAUAGACACCUACAACAAUGUUCGGCCGAAGAUAUUGAUAGGUGUAAGCAAUGCAAGGAUUAUACACGCUCUAGAUGGACGCGAAGGGAAGUUGGAUGAGCCUGUAGCAGUAAAAACACGGUUAGGUUGGACAGUUUAUGGAACGUAUCCGUCGGUUGAUUGUCAAGAAACUAGUUCCACUACACACAGCUUCCACAUUUGCAUGCAUUCUAGGGAAUCUGAUGAGAAAAUGCACCACGUAGUGAAAAAUCUUCUCGCACUCGAUAGUCUUGGAAUCAAUGCACCACCACACCAAAUCCUUUCUAAAGAAGAUGAACGAGCCUUAGCGAAACUUAGUAAAGACACAUCAUUCAAAGAUGGUCGUUACGAAGUGGGUCUAUUAUGGAGGUAUGACAAUGUGCAGCUGCCUAAUAGUCGAUCCAUGGCAAUGAAACGGUAUAACUGUCUGAUUAAAAGAAUGGAACGAGAACCUGAAUUAUCCAAAACAAUGAGAGCGAAGAUGGCCGAAUAUGUCGCAAAAGGUUAUAUGCGCAAGUUGUCACCGGAGGAAAGUCAAAAGGUCGGAGAACGUACAUGGUAUUUGCCAAUAUUCCCUGUAUUUAACCCCAACAAGCCUGGUAAGAUCCGGAUAGUUUUCGAUGCCGCUGUUUCCUUUAGGGGAGUUUCUCUGAACUCCGUGCUGAUGAAGGGACCGGACCAGUUGAACGCUCUACCACCGGUAUUAUACAAGUUCCGGGAGCGGUUGAUAGGUCUAGGAGGUGACGUUGCUGAGAUGUUUCACCAGAUGCGGAUACGGUCAGAAGAUGAGGACAGUCAGCGAAUUCUAUGGUGUGCUAACGAGUAUACUACUGAGCCAUGUGACUAUGUGAUGCAGGUCGUAACAUUUGGCGCCACCUGUUCGCCCAGUACGGCAUUGUAUGUUCUGAAUAAGAAUGCUUCUCGGUUUGAGGACGCAUACCCUACAGCCGUUGAUGCUAUCUGCCGUCGACACUAUGUUGACGAUAUGUUGACCAGCGUCGACACCGAAGAGCAGGCGAUUCAGUUAGCUCACGAUGUGCGGUACAUUCACAGCCAGGGUGGAUUUCACAUGAGAAACUGGGUUUCAAACUCAUCAGUAGUUGUCGAGGCUCUAGAAGCAAACCCUAAGCCCGGAAAAUCGUUGGAGAUGAACGCCGAACUCGCAAUGGAAAAGGUUCUCGGUAUGUGGUGGGAUACCACGUCUGACGUAUUCCGUUACAAACUUUGUACGGAUCGCAAUAAAGAACUUCUAUCUGGUGUUAAGUAUCCUACCAAACGCGAUAUCCUCCGUACACUAAUGGCGAUUUUUGAUCCUUUGGGGCUGAUUGCGCAUUAUCUGAUGUACCUGAAAGUACUGUUGCAGGAGAUUUGGAGAUCCAAGACCGGUUGGGACGAAAAAAUCGAGAAGAAACAUCUGGAAAAGUGGUUAAAUUGGCUUCGCAUAUUACCCGAAAUGCAGAGUGUUGAAAUACCCCGCUGCUAUUUUCGACAUAAAGCGGGAAUAACGGCCGCUAACGUGGAACUACAUACUUUCGUGGAUGCCAGCGAAAAUGGUUUCGCGGCUGUCGCGUAUUUUCGCUUCGAAGUACGGGAUUUCGUCCACUGCACACUAAUCGGAAGUAAGACCAGAGUAGCGCCUAUUAAAUUCGUCUCGAUCCCUCGCUUGGAGUUGCAAGCGGCCGUCGUAGGAUCACGCUUGGCGCGAAGUAUUGAGGAAGGACACUCUAUUAGAAUCGGUCGUCGAUACUUCUGGACGGAUGCGCGAGACGUCAUGUGUUGGCUGCAGUCUGAUCAUCGUCGCUAUUCGCAAUUUGUGGCUUUCCGCGUUGGCGAAAUAUUGGAGACAACAAACAUAACCGAGUGGAGGUGGCUGGGCACUAAGCACAACGUAGCUGACGACGGCACUAAAUGGAAACUUAGACCAGACCUCAAGCCAACCAGCCGUUGGUAUACCGGACCAUCUUUCUUGUGGAAGCCUAAGAAUGAGUGGCCACAAUCAACAAUAAACGACAUAGAAACAUCCGCUGAGAUUCGUUCUAACGUGCUCCACCAUACCGAAUGCAAAUCUCGAAUCCUACAACCAGAAAAUUACUCUUGUUGGCAACGAUUGAUUCGCGUGACAUCAUUUGUUCGUCGUUUCGUCGAAAAUAUCAAGCGGAAACAAAACAAGCAACCAGUGAUCAAUGGACCCCUUACGACUUAUGAGCUUUCUCUAGCGGAGACAUAUCAAAUCAAGCGAGCUCAGGAAGACGUGUUUAGCGAUGAGAUGGCAAAAAUUCUGGCCGCUGAUCGCUGUCUCAGCAAGAAGGAUCGAUUAUACAAGCUCAACCCUUUCUUUGAUGAUCGCGGCAUCAUGCGAAGCGACAGCCGUUUAGGCGAGUGUGAUUUUAUAGAUGAGAGUGACCAAUAUCCAAUCGUUCUUCCUCGGGAGCACCGAACGACACAUCUUAUAGUUGCAAACAUACAUAAUCAGUAUCAUCAUCAAAGUCGCGAAACCUGCGUGAAUGAAGUCCGAAGGCAAUACAGUAUUUCACGGGUGCGAAGGGUUUGCGAUCAGGUGCGUCGGAAUUGCCAAGUCUGUAAACUUCUUGGUGCGAAACCAGCUCCUCCGUCGAUGGGAUCUCUUCCAAAAGCACGAGUAGCCGCAUUUGUACGCCCGUUUUCAUACGUCGGCGUAGACUACUUCGGUCCUAUCCUCGUCCUCGUUGGACGCCAUCACGAAAAACGUUGGGGUGUAAUCGUCACAUGUUUGACAACCAGAGCGAUACAUAUCGAACUAGCUACAUCGUUGAAUACCAGUUCGUGUAUAAUAGCGCUGAGGAAUUGUUUUGCACGUCGUGGGACUCCGGUAGAGAUCAGAAGUGAUCGCGGAACUAAUUUUGUGGGAGCGGAAAAGGAAUUUAAGUCAGCGAUGUCGAGAGUAGACCAGGAUAUGCUUGCGACUGAAUUUACUACAUCAACAACUUCCUGGCGUUUCAAUCCACCGGCGUCUCCACACAUGGGUGGAUGUUGGGAACGCCUUAUUCAGUCGGUGAAAAAAGUCCUGACGAUCGUAAAACCUCAACGAGUGACUACAGAAGAGGUGCUACGAAGUUACUUGAUACAGGUGGAAAAUAUUAUAAAUAGUCGACCGCUGACACAUGUACCUGUGGACGACUACUCAUCGCCGGCACUAACUCCAAACCACUUCCUGGUGGGAUCGUCGAAUGGUUCAAAACCACUAGUGCCGUACACAAAUUGUCCAUUGGCUCUUCAACAAGCGUGGAAAUCAUCAGAUGCGUUGGCGAAUCGUUUCUGGCAACGAUGGGUAGCAGACCGAUCGCAGUUGGCGAUGUUGUCAUCGUAG